UCUUCCCCACUCGGCUCCUCUCCCCCCUCGCGCCCACAGCGUUUGGUGUUGAUUCGAGCGGGAAGAGGGGGGUGGGUGGGAUCGGAGGGGGAGACCAUGACCUCCAGCUACGGGCACGUUUUGGAGCGGCAACCGGCGCUGGGCGGCCGCUUGGACAGCGCGGGCAACCUCGACACCCUGCAGGCGAAAAAGAACUUCUCCGUGAGUCACCUGCUAGACCUGGAGGAAGCCGGGGACAUGGUGGCAGCGCAGGCGGACGAGAGCGUGGGCGAGGCAGGCCGGAGCCUGCUGGAGUCGCCGGGACUCACCAGCGGCAGCGACACCCCGCAGCAGGACAACGAUCAGCUGAACUCAGAGGAAAAGAAGAAGAGAAAGCAGCGGAGGAACCGGACCACCUUCAACAGCAGCCAGCUGCAGGCUUUGGAGCGCGUCUUCGAGAGGACCCACUACCCCGAUGCUUUCGUGCGGGAAGACCUCGCCCGCCGUGUGAACCUCACGGAGGCCCGAGUGCAGGUGUGGUUUCAGAACCGAAGAGCCAAAUUCCGCAGGAACGAAAGAGCCAUGCUGGCCAAUAAAAACGCUUCCCUCCUCAAAUCCUACUCAGGAGAUGUGACUGCCGUGGAGCAGCCCAUUGUGCCUCGUCCUGCUCCAAGACCCACCGAUUAUCUCUCCUGGGGGACGGCCUCUCCGUACAGUGCCAUGGCUACUUAUUCUGCCACAUGUGCCAACAGUAGCCCUACACAGGGCAUCCACAUGGCUAACAGCAUUGCCAACCUGAGACUGAAGGCCAAGGAGUAUAGUUUACAGAGGAACCAGGUGCCAACAGUCAACUGAGGAGAAAAAUAAUUAAACAGGCCUGAGAAGAAACCAAAAACCAUAAGACACCUCUCCUGUUCUGUCAUUUCUUCAUCUGCUGGAAAACAAAACAAAACAAAAAAUAAUAAAAACAAACCAACCAAAACCAGAACUAAAAUUUUGGGACCAUGGCAGAGAAAAACAGGAGAGGAGCCAAAGGAAAAUUAGUUACCAAAUGUUCCUCCUCCCUCUGGGACACCAGUACCACUUGUUUUCUGUGUGUGUUCAUUGCUUUUUUCCUCCUAGUCACGUGCUUUUGCUUAAUAUACUCCGAGCUUCUUCAAUUAGUUCGGCCCACCCACCCCCAGGAUUGUAUGGGUUUAAAAAAAAAUCGACAGCAGCCAAAGAAACCAUCUAUGUAUAUUUUAUAUUCAGAAUAACUGCCUAGAGCCUCCUCACUGGCAUGUUUCCACCUCAGUACCUUACCUAUCCUUCUUCCUAGUUCUCUGUAUAGAAGCUUCUAGAAACUUCUGAAAAGCCCAAGUCUUUCUGAAGAAUCUGUGCCAGACAUGAUUUCCUUUCUCGUCUCCAUCUCUAUUGGUCAUGGAAAGGUUUUCCCAUCAGCUACCGGGGGAGAAAGAAAAAGCAAUUGUGUACCAUACCUGGUCACUGGCCUGUCUGAUCCACGAGGAUUGGCUGUGUCUGGCUAAUGCUAAGCUCUAACCUCCCGAUCUAAGUUCUAUGCUGAUAAUAUCGCCAUCCCCCCUACCCCCCAUCUACACAAUCAGCUAUCUUAAGUUAAAGAUAUUUGUUGUUUCUGAAUGACUUGCUGUCAUGGGCUAGUGGAUAGGUAAAACACUUUUCACUUGAGAGAGAGGGAGAAAAGUUUCUCUCGGAAAACAAAAGACUGAGUCGUGAAAGGCAUGGCCUCCAUCUCUGUGGAGGGUAGUCAUAUGCACACUUCUAUAUAUACUGUAUAUAUUUAUAUAUUAUAUAGAUAUAAAAUAUCCUCGCAAGCUUGAGUUUGCAGUUUCUCAAACACCACAACAAGCAAAUGUCACACCGUCACCCCUGUCCGCAUCUCUACAGCGAUGAGAACUUUCAGUGGGGCUGUUGUUUCCUUUUUGCUCUACACAAAGUUCUCAUUAGGCCACAGAGCAAUUGAUAGGGCAGCUGUUUGGGAACAGAUCUCAUUGUCACAUGAGGGCUUGAAAUCAAGGAGAAAUGUUUUGAGGCUAGAAGAGUGUCCUUGAGUUGGGAGCCUGCGCUCUGGUGGAAGGCUGAUACCACCUGAUUCAUCACGGGAAUGGCACUUAGAGAGAGGAAAGGAAACCAUUUGGUCAUCUGUCCUUGCUCCACUCAACCAGAAUCUGAAAGAUACAUGUUUAAGUAGAAUAUGUAAGGGCUUGUCUACGUUUCCAAAAAGGCAAUGAUGGGCUAUUUUUAUCUUCUUAUAUUUCGAAAUAAAGUUUAGUGGCUCGGGCUGGGAGCCAGGAUGGACCUUUCUAUGUUUCUUUCUCUUUGUUUCCAGCUGUGCUUUUGUAACUUGUCAGGUGGACUUGACCGAACCACAUUACCAUGCGGUGCCUCAGUUUACCUUUUUGUAAAACCGGUUUAACACUACUUACCUACCUCACAGGGGUGUUGUGAGGCUCUCUAUUCAUUUGCUCCUUCGUUCUUUCCUGUGCUCUCUGUAUGUCCAGCACUUUGUAGCCAUAGGAGGGAGGGACUAUAAAAGUAUUCGAUGUUAAUGGAAGGAGAUGGUACCUGGGAGCCUUGUUUGCUAGAAAGGAAAUGCAAUCUUGCUGUAAAUACUUACAACCUUUAAGAAAUGAAAUGAGAGCUAGGUUUAUAUUUACAGACCUCUCAAAAAAAUCACAUCAUUUGACCAAAGAAUAAUUUAAGACACAGCACACAUACACUUUCGAUUUAUAUUUUCAUCCUAUAUUUUCAGCUUGGCUCUAAUAAUUUUAGUGAUCAGUUAUUCAAAAGCUUUAGAUCAAUUUUGGCCUCACGUGCGAAACUUUGAGUGACAGGCAAGGAAUCUGGGGUUGAACGUGCACUUUCAGCUCUCAUUUGUUCCUUCCUUUGGCAUACCAGGUUGAGCUCACAGAGGCAUUGUUUCAAUCACACAGCCACCAAUUUGAAAAUGUAUUGCCAAUGUUGAUGCUGCACUUCUUUCGAUCACAAGAAGAAAGCCCAUCUUCUGUAUUUUGCUUUCAUCAACUGAUUCCCUUUUCUUUUCACCUACUGUUCAAACAUUUCUUAGUGAAUGGUUCAUGUAGGCUGGCUGAACAACUCAUGUUACUUGCUUCCUCAAGGGUCCCUGGACUAAUUAUUUUAUCCCACGAGCUGCUGUGGAUUAUUGAGUUUUAAACAAACCAUGUGUCCUAACAGAUUAAAACAUUCUUUGUGAACUGAGUGCAGCCCAAGAAAUUGGUCGACUUUUGCAGUGUGGAGUUUGGGGAGAAUGGCUAAAAGUGGAUUUGGGUUACAGGGGCAGGGAACGGAAAUCAUAUGUGAAAAGAUUUUGCUAUGAAGGGGGGAAUAUUAGAAGAGAGAGUCAGGAGAUAGAGGGUCACGUGAAACAAAGCCAUCUGCAGCUUUCAUCUGAUAUCCAUUUAUAGUGGUGAACAGAAAAACCUGAACCCAUAACCCAAAUGCCAGGUGCAACUGGGCAGUUUUCGCCAUGCCUGGGCAAGGGAUGUCUGGGAAUCCCAGGGGGUCACCAGUGCUUGUCAACCAGAGCAACUUGCAUUGUUGGUGACUCUAUACCCCAAGCACCUAUUACCUAACCACUUGAUCAAGACAUCUACCCAUGAGACAAGCACUCAUUUAGGAUUGAUUUAAAAUAAACUGAAGUAGGAUAUGUGAUUUGCAAGAGUCGCCCUCUGGGUCCUAAGCCAGGUGUCCACAGAGGGUCUCGGGGCCACUGAGUUCAAAGGCAUCCCCUAUUCCUCACUGUCAUUACAUAGAUACAGAUGAGUACAUGCAAACCAUCUGUCCAUGAGGUCCCCAGUCCCUCCUAAACAUGAUGUCAAUUUGUGGGGUACAUGGCAGGUUAAAUCAAACCAGAAGAGGUGACUGAAUAAAAAAGGGAAUGACAUGUAGGUUAUAAGGAUCUCAUAAGAAAUGUAAUAUGUAAAUUAUAUCUUGCUUUAUGAUGUAAAAUAUACAUUGUUUUGCGCUAGAAUAGAAAUGAUUCCUUUUCAAUAAAAAGAA